AUGGGUGCAGCGGGUUCUCAUAGGAAGCUUCAAUUGCAAGAGUUGGAGGAGAUUCGUAGGGAGGUAUAUGAGAAUUCCAACAUCUACAAAGAGAGAACCAAAGCAUUCCAUGAUAAGAGGAUAGGCCGGAAAGAGUUUCAUAUUGGUGAUAAAGUUCUUUUAUAUAAUUCUAGACUUAAGUUGAUGCCCGUUGAGCUUCAAGACAUGGGAUCCCAAAGGAGCUUCAAAGUUAAUGGGCAUAGACUUAAAGUUUUUCAUGAGGACUUGAAAGAGCAUGCACAAGAGAAGGAGGAGUCUACAUUUGGAUUGGCCAUUUACCCUUGA